AUGGCUCGCGCGAGCUGGGUUCCCCCUCCAUCUGAUGCCAAUGCAACUCACUAUCUCAGUCCACCUCUUGUCUAUGGCCCCAAUGGCACAGUGAUCUUCCCUGCUGACGAUCUCCCUCUUCCGUCAGAUGCAUACAAAUUCCUCAUUCUCCCCGCGCACUACUUCGUCACAGACGCAGUCUUCGAACAUGACAUUCCCCCUCCAGAGGAUGAUGUCAAACCCGCCCACCCGAUCGUGUUCUACCAUCUCGACGCCCCCUUCAAGUCCGCCAGCGAGCUCGCCUGCCACCUCGUGAUGCAGUGCAAUGGAGGAAAAGGACAUAUCGGAGUUCCUGGUCCUCGUGCACAGGGCCUUGCGUUGGGUAUUCAGGUUAGUGGCUACUUUCGCACGAAUGGUGAUGUCCAUGCAGCGGCUCAAGCCCGGCUUUUGCAGAUUCAUUCUUUGAUUCUUCGCGAGAAGCUGCAGUUUGCGGCUCCUCUUGUUGUUUCUCCCUAG